AUGGAAGUCCCAGUCGCGUCAGCUUUGCUACCCUCGAAAGGUUUGUCGCUGGCUCUGGCUUUUGAGUCUCCCGUCUUGAUAGGCUCUCGUGGCGGCGCGACUGUGUGUGUCUACGCAGUUCUGCAACGCCCUUCCACCAACUACGAGCUGCCAUUCCUCCACCUGGGAGACGCGCGCGCUCUCGCCCCUGAUGCACAGCACACUCCGAAAUUAGAAAGACGACCCUACAGCCAAGAUGCAAGCGUAGCACACAGUGACGUCCUGCGUCAACGCAGCGCAGCACCGCACCAACGAGAGCAGCUUGAAGGCCGUCCGGAGCGUCGGCCAAGCCUGUGCUGCAGUUUGCCAUACCGUUCUUCCUCGUCGUUUCCAACUCAUACUCCCUUUCCACAACGACACCUUCUUCUGCCUCUUGUCGACCCUCGCCAGCAUCGUCCUUUCUCUUCAAUCCGUCCGUCGUGUCAGCAUCGAAUCGUCAAGGGCUCCUUCAUAUCUUUGUCCAGCUUCUCUCAGAUUUUGCAGCCCGUUCAAAGCCAUCGCGUCUUCGACAUACUAUCAGGUCUAUCGGCGUUCGUUCCUAUCCGUUGGCAGCAUUCGGACAGCACUACUCCCAAACUCCGACCAUCAGGAACCGCCUGCACGAUAGUCAACCGCCUCGACUGCCUUCACGAUCCUCUCAACCCAGCCCUGCAAGCUGCCGCCCGCAUCGAACCGCUAGCUGCCGAGCCUCUGCACACGCCUUUGGCUGCGCAGUCUCGAACGGCUUGGGCAGCUUUUCCGAUCAUGGAGCUUCCCACGUCUGCGUCGAGCUCUUCAUCGGCUAAGCCGACGCUUUCGGCAGGGCCGCAAUCCGACGCGACGACACACGUUUCGUCCGGAUCCUCCUCGUCGCCUUCACCACACACUUCGUCGGCCGAGUCUGUGCCCGCGCGCAACAGUCAUACAACGCCGCCUUCCUCCGCCUCGCCCAAGCUCAAGUCGGCCAAGAUACGCAUCCCCGCCUCGGAUAUCGACGACAGCAGCAGCGUAGGCUCCAACGAUGCUCUCGUCGCCGCCAAGGUUCACAUCAAAAGCGCCAUCUCGUCCCCUCGCUCAUCCGUAUCCUCGUCCGGUGCGGUCCGACGCGGCGGAUGGAGGGGCUUGGGCGCAGCCUCUUCUGCUUCGGCGUCACGCAGCUUCACACACAGCCACCGCGGCGAGACCUACGCCUCGUCCAGCUCCUCCGAACACGGCGCAGAUGAGGCCUUGGCAGCCACGUCUAGCUCAAGCACGCACGUCCGUGCUUCCAGCAUUCUCUCGGCGCCGAGCCCUCCCCAUCCAGGCUCGCCUGUCCAAGGUGGUGGAGAGCUCGAACAAAGUUAUCGAGACAAUCCCCAGGAGCUAUCCGUCGCCGAUCACCCUGCUUGGCACAAGAUGCGCGACCAGCCCGGCGUAGCUGCGCCCGGGACGCUCAGCUUCCUGCCAGCCGUAUCAAACGUGCACUCGCUCGGUUCAGAUCAAGGUACUCGAGACGACCUGUCAGAGACGCACGAUGCUUCCGAUCAACAUCCUCAUCCGCAUCCCCCUUCUUUCUUGCAUCCCUUCCAAGAUACAAUGUCGGCUGCCCCAGCGGACAACACCGUUCCCUGUCGAAGCGCCGCGUCCUCGAUGUACGCAUCUUCCGAGCACAAUAGCGCACCGGCAUUCGCCGACGGUGAGCAGACACCGCUGCAAGCCACUGAGCCCGGCGUUUACGACUGGGCCAACUUUGUGUACGCUUACGCGCGAGGACGCUGGAAUCCCGGUCUCAUCCCGCAACCUCCCGGCCAGUCGACGGCAUUUCCGGGCGCACAGACCCACAUCACGUCGACCGGCAAGCCAACCCCCGACGCUCGGCCCACAGCAGCUGGUGUGCUCAGCGACCGCAGACCAUCGAUCGAAUAUGUCAUGCCAACCGCAGUGGCGCAAGGUGCCAAACCUGAGUCCGUGCCAGUCGCGCCCGAGCAGACGCUUCAAAGCCUCCCGUUGAGCAAACGAGGCAGCGCCGACUCGAAGUCCGUCGCUUCCCUACCUCUCGAGACAGCGGCAGACUUGUCCAUGGCGAAAGGCACUCUCAACGAGAAGACGUCGCUGCCUUCGCUCCAGUACGUUACAUCGCCGAACGAUAAAGAGCGUAGCAAGCUCCAACAAAGCGUGCCUGGCUCGUCUGCGACCGAGGGCGUGCGCUCGAGCAACACCGUCGGCAACGUCGUUGACGCCAACGUCCUCGUAGCCCUGCGCGAACCUUCGGCGAGCAUGUCAUCCGUGUCCCGGAAGUCCACAGGCGCUGUCAAGGCCACGGCACUUCGCACGGAUGACUCUGGCCGCAGCGCACUGGAAAGUUCGGACGACACACAGCCUCUUCAACGGGCCAAAACGGCACCCGAAGGCAUUCCCACCAGCGGUACUCAUGGCCAACUCCCUUCGCAACCGGAGCACGCAGGUCUGGCGCCCGAUCUGCCUUUCGCCACGCGUCCAACAGCGGCCGAACGUCGUCAAAAGUCGGACACCGCGCUCGAUGAGGCGCCAGAUAAGGCGACCUCCGCCACAACAAUCUUGGAGGACGAACCUAGCAAGCCUGUGGUGCGCACUCCGACCAGUGAGCUCCCCGAUCCGCUUCAAGAGGCAACUCCCAGGAAAGGGACUAUCCCCGUCGUCGAAGAGGCGGUCUCGCCAAUGACGAAAUCGAAUAUUGAGGAUGCUGCCGCGAAACCAUCGAUCAAGUCCCGAUUAAAACUCGCAGACGGCACAGGCAAAGAUCCAACGAGCACACCAGCCGAGGCACCGUCCUUGCUAGAUCAGAACGAGGCUCCGAAUCCCGAUCCGCUCGAAAGGCCGGGACCUACGCCGAUCCAGUCCACCCACGGUGUUCCCAAACAGCCCGUAGUGUGGCAAUCAGCGCCCGAGGGAUUGUCCAGCUUCGCUGAGGCAAUGUCGCGUCAGGCAUCCGGCGCGGCUGCCGCGGACACAAAGUCGCCCCUCGCAAACGAGAUCACCAUUGAUAACGUCACCGUUGCAGGUCUUCGUCGCGCUGCCCGUAGGACGAGCAUGGAGAGAUCGGUAGCUGACGUGGAUCGUUAUCGCAUUGAUGGCGGUCGUAAUUCGAAGGGUUCUCUUGUCUCGCACAGCGCGAGCUUCCCUGGUAGCUCGCCACGGCCGUCCAUGUCGGCUGCCGCUGGUCCGCGCGAAGGCGUCUUGGCGCUUCCAUCGCUGUCUGUGGACGGGGGCUCCACUUCGACAGGAUCGGCGUCUGCCUCUGCCUCGACCAACAAUGGGCCUACCGUCAACGUGGCCCAUUUUGUCGACGGCAAACAGAGCGGAGAGACUCGUAUCGACCUGCGCGGGACCGUGACCAGCUCGGGGAGCGUGACAAGCUCGCCCGCGGGUGGUAUGCAGGACCUCGAUGGCGCUGUAUCGGCUACCGGCCUCGCCCCGCACGAGGUCAGCGCCAAGGACGUCUCGCUUGCCGCAAACGCCUCUGUGAUCAGGCCCAGACCCGUGCCGACCAGCACUUCUUCUCAGCGCAUUCAAUCGUACCUUGCAGCAGGUCGGCGCGUCGAGCUCUUCUAUCGCGACUUUGGCUACCUUCCUUCAAUCCUCCCGCCGCAAGAAGAGUCGCGUCUGCAUGCACUCUCGCGUUACGGGCCGCCCAAGAUCGCUGGCAACCCGAACUUUGAGAGGAUCGCGCACCUGGUCAAACUCGUCUUCAACUCGAAAUUGGUGCUCAUCACGCUCGUCGGCGAGAACGAGCAGGUCUUCCAGACACAGAUGGGAGGAGGGGGUGAGAUAACGAUCGAAUCGCUGCAAGCGCUGGCCGGCUCGCGCAACUGCUCCUUCUGUUCGCAUGCCAUCCUUCAGGACAGCGACGAGCCCAUCGUCAUCUUUGACGCUGCUAAAGACUGGCGGUUCUCCGGCAACCCGCUCGUCCGAGGCUCUCCAGACAUCCGCUUCUACGCCGGCAGCCCUCUGCGCACCUCGGACGGUCUCAACAUUGGCAGUCUCUGCUUGAUCGACGACAAGCCUCGCACCGAAUUCGGGCCGCGCCAAAGACAUACGCUCCGUGAAUUCGCCCGUGUCGUGAUGCGAGAGAUGGAGCUUCUACGCGACAAGAUCCAGUUUGGUAUGCGAGACCGCAUGCAGCGAUCUGUUGAGCUUUUCACCAAGGAAUGCCUGGAGAUGGACUCGGAGGAGGGCGACUCGGAGGCGGUGGCCAGCGCUCAGGGCAUCAUCGGUACCCACAAGGUGUUCCAACUUGCUGCAAAAAGCAUGCGCGAGGCGCUGCAGGCGUCGGGAGCUGUCAUCUUUGACCUCUCACACUUCGAGCUCAUCGAUUCGUACGAAGAGGAUUUUCUCCCCAGCGAGCUGGGCAACGGCACUAGCAGCAAAGUCUAUUUCGCCAAUGCGCCCGCGGCGCACAACGCGGAUGCCGCAGCGUCGGCAGCGGGCGGCGGCGAGAAUGACGUGGAUUCCGACUCCGAGAAUGGUGCUGCCGCGGACACGUCAGGCACGUCUCAUGGCAGGGCACUAGCGCGAGAUCGCUUCUUUGACGGCACCAGUGGCGUCGAAACGUUCAGAAGCCCCUUCCAUUCGCCCAGGGGCGAUCAAAGCGCUAGAGCUAAGCGCGUUCCCCCCAUGAGCGUGCUCGGCGCCAGCGAGACGGACGGUGUGCCUCCGGAGCGUGGCGAUUUCGUACCUCUCAGCCACCACGUACAGAUGGCCGAGUUCCUGCGCGUGCAUCGGACGGGCAAGUUUUAUUCUUAUGCGCCGCCUCCCUUCCGAUCGUUGCUGCCCAACGGCGUGACGGGUCUUUUGCUGGUGCCCAUCUUCGGUCUCAACAAGCAGCCAUUCGCCCUGAUGUGCGCGUACAUCACCAGCUCGGAACGAUCGAUCGCGCUCGAGGAGCUGCAAGUCAGCGGUCUACAGUACCUGCGCGCGCUCGGCAUGAUCGUGCUGAGCGCUAUCCUCAAGAAGGAUAUCAUGCUUGCGGACAAGGCCAAAAGCAACUUCAUCUCCAACAUCUCGCAUGAGCUGCGCACACCGCUUCACGGUAUCCUUGCUGCUGCCGAACUGCUCGCAGAGACAAAGCUGAAUUCCACACAGGGCUCGUACCUCGAGACGGUCGAGGCGUGCGGCAAGAGCUUGCUCGAACUGGUCAACCACGUGCUCGAUUUUACCAAACUCAGCGGCAACACACGCUCGGGUCAACGUUCUGUCCAGACCAAGACCAAGUGCGACAUGGUCAAGCUCAUUCAAGAGGUGUGCGAGAGCAGCUAUAUCGGGCAGAUGGCAAGGCAGGUCGAGAGCGCCUCUUCCGGCAUCGGCAGUGUCUACGCUCCGCCAGUGGCCGGUGCGCCAGGCGACAGCAAAGCGCAGGCGCGGGCCAAAGCGGCGCGAGACAACAAGGUGGAGACGGUCAUCGACAUUGCGUUACGAGACGACGGCUGGCUGGUCAACUGCGACACGGGCGGCAUCCGACGUGUGCUGAUGAAUCUGAUCGGCAACUCGCUCAAAUUCACAUCGGCUGGAUUCGUCCAUGUCUCGCUUCGAGAGGUGCAGAGCUCCAAGACGCACAUUAUGAUCGAGUUGUCGGUGACGGACACGGGUCGAGGCAUCUCGCGCGCUUUCUUGGAAGAGCAACUCUUCCAUCCCUUCACGCAGGAGAAUCCCCACGGUACGGGUACCGGUCUCGGACUGUCGAUCGUCAACAGCAUCGUGCAAUCGCCCUCUUUGAAUGGAAAGAUCGACGUCUGGAGUACCGAAGGUGAAGGAACCGAAAUCCGAGUCACCUGCGAGCUCGAGCUGUGCGAGGACGACGAUGUCGAGGGCCCCACCUACAAGCCUGCGGUAAACGUUCAUCAAACUUACACGGUAGCGAUGCUUGGCUUUGACGACUCGCGCGGCGAUCAGGAUCUGCGUCACGCGCUCGAAGGAUACUUCCUCAACUGGUGGGAGUUCAGAUUGUCGGAAGAGGACAGCGCUGAGGAACAGGCGAAGCGCAGCGAUGUGCUCGUCAUCAACGAUGAUAUGAGCCUGCUUGAAAAGGUGAAAAGGCAACGCAAAGGCGAGCUACCACCAGUCAUCUUCCUUACCGCCAGCCGUGGCGAGUCCGAGAUCGCAAUGGCGUGCGAGGAUUAUCACGCCGCCGGCGGUGUUGCGCGAAUCUUGUUCAAGCCCGCUGGUCCAGCCAAACUCGAGACCGUCGUCGACUUCUGCCUGCAGUGCCUGGAACGCAAACGCUCGGGCGAUCCCGUGCCGUCGGAGGAGACCAAGCCCACUACACCUUUGCCCUCACCGAGCGAAGCGGGACUGAAGCAGAUGGAUCAAAGCGAUAGCUACUUUGCGCCUCGACACAGCCGACCCGACAUUCACAGCCAUCCUGGACACGAGCUUGGCUCUUUCGACACCAAUGCUUCCAUCACACCACGCGCCGAUAGGGAGGCAUCCGUGUCCGUACUGACGUCGAGCACGGCUCAAGGUGCCACGUCGAGAGCGACAUCGAGGCAGGAGCAUCCGAGAUUGGCCGAAGGCGAGAUCAGGGACAUGCGGCGGCCCACGCUCGAUGCUGGUAUUGGGCGUAUACGUUCGCACUACAUGUCGCCCGAUCCGCCGGGCAGCUCGUCGAACUCGCUGAUCCGACGACACUCGACGGAAGCACGUAUGGACGCCGGGCGCGAGGAUGCUUCGGCGACGAACACAAGCAAGCCGAGCCGACCAUUGCUGCCUGCGCGCAGCAUCACGUAUCACGAGCCGCGUCUGCACAAGCACGUACUCAUGUCUCCGAUGGGCGGCCGCGACGGCGACGGCGACUCGUACUUUGAACGCGUGCCGACGCCGAAUGCGCCGCUUACGCCCAACACGCCAGGUUCGACGGUGUCGCUGGAAGGUGGAGAUGGAGCGGUGCUCAAAAGUGUACUUGCAUCGGGUCGCAGCGGCAGCAGUCUGGGAACGGGGGUCGGCGGCGGCGGCGCCUCUCGGAAGCGGAUGCAGAUCCUGUCGGUGGAAGACAACGCGAUCAAUCGCAAGGUGAUCGCGGCCUUCUUGGCCAAGUUGGACGUCGAUUUUGUGGAGGCGAUGAAUGGCGAAGAGGGCAUCACGCAGUUCUCGCGCUACCCGCCGAACCACUUUGACGUGAUCUUGAUGGACCUCUCAAUGCCGGUGAUGGACGGUAUCACGGCCAUCGCUGCGAUCCGCAAGAUCGAGCUGGAGCGAUAUAACAGCGGCAAGAGCGGCAGCAGCAGCACCGGCAGCGGCGGCGGCGGCAGUAGCCAGACGACUACUUCGAGCCGAGGCGGAGCCAACAAGCCGCCUGCACGACACCGAUCGAAGAUCUUUGCGCUCACCGGACGCUCGACGGAUGAAGACAAGCGACAGGCGUUCCAGACGGGCGCGGACGGGUACAUUGUAAAACCGCUGAGCUUCAAAGUGCUCUCGUCGCUGUUGAGGAUGCUGAUGCGUUGA